GUCGGAAUCUAGAUAGAGGGAUGAAUUGCUGGUGGGUGGGAACAGGCGAAGGGCACCUUCCCCAACGGGAAACAUUGUCCCUCACGGUGACUGACUCCUGAAGCCUUGAUUGAAUAACUCUUGCGACCUCUGAAUCUGCUCCCCACAGAAACUCCAUUAUCAUAUCGAGGGCUCACUUACUGCUGUUAUACUACCUACCCUUUAUCCAGUAUACCAAGCACAGAGCGAUAAUAAGGUGAGAUAGCCUCUGUGUUUUACUCCACCACUUUAUGCACCUUUCCACGCCCAAUCAUCCUGGCCACUGUUUGAAAAGGUAGCAGCCUCUUUGGUGGCUACCACUGAACUGACUUCUAUAGCACAUCCUUCCCUCAUACUCCUCAACAACCCUUCCAUCAUGCCCCCCUCCCAAAUCGAACGUAUUUACGCCAAUUGCGAAAUCAUCUGGGGCAAAGGCCCCUAUAAUGUCCAUCUUGAAACUGCUGAUUUGGAUACAUUUCGAGCAGUGGUCAGGAAAGGCUUCGGGAUUUCGCCUCAACCACCCUUGACCAUGACCGGGUUUUGCGCCUCAAUGGAUCAUGCAUGGAUAGAGUUGGAUUACAUGCUCUGGCUAUGGGUUGAGUAAAAAUGCAUUGGACAGUCAGCAUCCGAUGACUGAUGCUUAACGGCUGGGGAGUUUUGGUGGACCUGAUGGGCGAGAUAAACCAAUAGGUACUAGACCAAUGUGUUGUUGCGUUGGACGGAAACGGAAGAAAGAUGGGUUAUAGGGAUGGAUAGGUCUGAGGGAGAGGUUUUUUGUAUACCUCGGUGUUGCCUCUAAAGGGAUUAUUUUGUCAGUCAAGUGAAGCGAAGGAAUUGCGUGCUAAUUCGGACACGCAGACAAGUCGCUCAUUAUCCCCUAUUUUGCAAGGUUUAGUGCUGCCGUUAUUAGCAAGAACAGUAUCCAAAGGAAAAGUGACCUUUGUCGUUCUGGGAAGAAGCAAUAGUAAUUUCCGCGUCCCAAGAACAACGGCACGAUAAUAUAAGUACCCAAG